AUGAAAAAGUGCCUGGGUCCAGCUCGUCUGCCGUGUCUGGGCCGAAGGUUCUCCUCGCUGCAUUCAACGCCGGUUCUAUAUCCUCGGUUGCCUGCCACUUCCAUUCGAUUGAGUCCCUCGAGCUGCAGAACUUACCCCGGAAGGCGACAAUGGAGUCGCCCAUUCUCCACAGGGUCUGCGCCGCCCGUCAACGUCCAGCUACUGCGGGAAUACGUUCAAUUUGAGAAAAAAAGAUGUCCAGUGUCCGGACCAAAGUCGAGACAGAGGGAUCCGAAUGCCUGGAUUCCGUUGUUGGAACAGUACCUUCCACCCUCCCUUCGGACAUCUCCCGAGGAGAACGCCGUGACUGAUGCCGAAUUUGACACGGCAACCCGAGAAUCGCUUGCGCAGACCAUCGAGCUAGCCAACCUACUUUUCUACGCCAGGACUGAGGGAGACUUGGAUCUCCUGGCAUAUCUGGGAUUCCGGCUGAAUAACUGGCCUGCCGUGAAUGCUUUGUUGACGCAGUUACUGGACGCUGCCGACGCACUGGGCGAGUUCUCCACGCCCCGCAAGCCUCUGUCAAGUCAUGACUGGGGUUCGGGAUCUGGCGUCUCGUUUGAUGAUCUUACCGGCCCGGAUGCAGACAGAGCCACGGAGCUUGUACAUGUUACCACCGAGUCGCCAGCGAUCCCUGGGCUCACUACCUUCAAGGCCAGGACGGAGCGGCCUUUCGCGGACGAACAUGCUAAGCGCUUCAUGGCGGAGAUCUGGCAAAGCUUAGGCUCAAUCGUGCUCGACGCUGCUGAUGCGUCGCCAAAUGAGUCUAAGCUGGCAAUGUCUUACGUUUUUCGAGUUCUUGCUCGACUGCACCAUUCCGGUGCAGUCUCUGAACGGGUAUACAAAUAUACAAAUCCUGGUAGUCAUCAGGUGAACUUUCGCCCUCCUGGGAUGCAUAUCCUGUCAACUCACAUCAUGAGUGUUUUGACGGAUGCAGCUUGGUUGGCUCAUGAGGCAGAAGUUGCGGCAAAGGCCGCUGCUGCAGGGGAAGACUCUCCGUUCUUGCCUUUCAACCUGGGUAUACGUGAACUUGGUCCUGAAAUUUGGUUAGAACUGAUCCUUUGGUCUUGUGUGGAGCAUGGACAUACUCAGGAAGGCGUGUGGCUCGUGGAACGAAUGAAAUCACGGCGUGAUGAUCAAGCAUGGCAAUUCCAGAGCUGGAGGCCUCUGCUCGAAUCUUCCCAGACAGUGUGGAAGACUAAUAUUGAUAGGGAGGAGUUCUGGCGUCGCCCCGGCGAUGUUGACCGGCAACCGUCGUCCUGGAAGCGCACCGGCCUUCCCCCCUUUCACGGGUUAGGUAAACGAACGAUCAGCGUGGAAGUUGUCACAGCGUUGGUUCAUUGCCUUCCAAAUCUCGUCUAUUUGGGGCUAGGCUGGCGUGGUCUAUCCCCGAGCGCGCUUCUCCGCCACGUAUCAGACCUCAAGUUCGCCAUCGCUUCACCAGCUGCCGAUGCGAAAUUCUUACCGACGGCGAAAGCAUCAAAUUGGUUUGUGACUCGAGCCAUUGAGUCGGGAGGCUUCAAUCCUGAAGCCGACCCUCGAGCUUUUGAAGGUCUUCUCAAAGUCAUUCCCCAUGUGGUACCACCAUGGGAAAACAACGCAUCGCCUAUGGAGGAGAACUUGCAGUCGCUGACACCGGCGCGACUGUACGAUGCGACUUCGGCAUUCGCUGGUCUUAUGGAAUACAAUAUCAGAUUUUUUGCCUCGCAACGUCUCUGUACAGAUGCCCUGGAUGCCUUCUCUUGGCUUCAGGGAGUGGUGGAUGCGAGCAAGAUGCAGCGCAUUCAGGAGUUUUCUCAACGUGUUGGCGAGUUGGAUCCUUCUGGUCUUCCAUUAUUUGACCUCGGCGACCUCGAGUCCUUCAAGCCUUUUGAGUCGUCCAUACCGCAGCUGUCGAUCGUCACUGUGGCUGAGUUGCUGGAUCUGGUCACGGCGUCGCGCGCCUUUGCAUUCGGCGACUGGCUGUUCUUUUCCAACGACAUCGAUGGUCCUCCUAUUCCUCCAAGUGCAUACGGUAACCAGGCGCUUGCGCCAUCAAUCAUCCGUUUUGCAACGGCAACCAAAAAUGAGGCCCUUUGUAACUCGGUGGUGCAGUCCCUCUCGCAGCCCCUCUCGCUAAACACCAUGCGAGCAUUGUUGAACUUCCGGUUUGCCAUGGGCCAAUGGGAUGCCGCGGUCAUGAUGUUGAAUUACAUACGUGACUACCGCCUGAAAAGCUGGGGCUACAGCAACGUCACCGCGCUGGCCGCGGCCAUCGUCCGAAUGGAUCACGAGUUCCAGAAGUCCUCCAAAGACAGCAGCAACACCCCCGAGGCUCUGGCCGACAAGCAGCGCGAUCUAACCCGCGCUACGGACAUCCUCCUCCGCCUCCUCAACGGCGAAUUCAACGAACGCCAUGACCGCACCAGGGUCAGCUUCCAGGACCGCCUCAGCGCCAGCAUGCACCGCAUCUUCCUGACCAUCCCGGGCCCCCUCCGCGAUAUCGCCCACGCCGCGAAGCUCCGCUACGAACCCACCCCGCGCACCACCCACCCCUACAUCCCCGCCACGGCCUUCCACCCGCUGCUCUCCGCCAUCAUGGAUACCCACGGCAGCGCCGCCGGCCAACGCCUCUGGGACCGCUGGUGCCUCGACGUCCGCUCCCCGACCUUCGCCCGGCUCCAGGAAGGUGGCAUCACGCGCCUCUACCUGCAGCGCGAGCGCGACCCCCGCAAAGGCGACCCGCACUUCGACCCGAAAUACUUCGCCCAGGUCCAGAAGAAGGCCAUCCUCCCCAACCCCAACACCGUACGCAUCAUCGCGCAGCAGGCCGUCGCCGAAUUCAACGCGUUCGACGGCCCGCGCGACGCGAACCCCGCCGCCCCCGUCGUGGACUGGUGUAUCCGCCAGUUCCGCGCGUUCCGGGUCCCGUGGGCGGAGGUGAAUCGGGAAGUUGGCGGGUUGCUGUACCGUGAGGCCAGGGAGAAGAAGAAGGAGAGGAAGAGGUUGGGGCAGGAGUUGGAGUUGGGGAAGGUGCUGUAG